AUGGAAAAUCUAGAUAUAGAAAAUAUGUGGGUGUUCUACCAAAAUAAUCAAAUAGAUUUUUACUAAAUAAUAUUUGGUCAAGCUCCUUCACUAAUCAAAUCUAUCACUCCAUAGAUUAUUCUACAUUCAAUAUUGAGAUCUAAUAAAACUUUGACUUUAAUUGGUGGUUUAAAUUAAACAGCAACUUAAGUAUUCUAAAUUAGCUCAAAUAAAUAAGUUACAGAAAUCACAAGUUCUUUACCACUUACUUUCCUUAAUUCUGACUGCUUUUGGAAGACUAAAGAUAUCUAUUUCUCUCAAAAAUAAGAUAUGAUUUACAUUUUUAACCUUAACUCUAAUAGUUUUAGUCUUUCUUACACUCUUAAAUUAUCUUAACCUUUAGUCUGCUCAAUAACUUCUCUAGACGUUUUUUAAAAUAAUGAUAAAAUAUAUUUGUUAUACUAAAUAAUGUAAGAUAUAUAAAUUUAAGAGAUCACUUAAAGUCAGUUAACCAAUUUAAAUUCUAGUUAAAUGUAUUUCUCAUCUGAAUAACAUACUUAUUACUAUACUUAAUUAUUAUUUAAUACACCGGCAGUUAAUUAUUUAGAUACUGUUAUUAAUAAUUAAAUAUUAGAAUUAAAAGGUAAUGGAAUUGCUUACUAAUAUGAUUUAGAAUCGAGAUAGAUUGCUAAAUCAUUUUAUUUUUGGGAUGAUUUUUAUUAUCCAGAUAAACAAUCCAUGUAUUAAUACAACUACAUAGUUGUAUAAGAAGAAGAAAAACUAAUAGUUACUGGAAUAAGAAAUGGUGUUUUGACAAUAGUAAAUGACGUUUAAGUUUCACAGAAAACUGGUGAUAUUAUUUGUUUCUUAGUUUUAGGAGGAGUAUCCAUUGCAUAAAUAAAGAUCUACAAUGUUUAAAAAGAUUAAAAUCCUGUUUAUACCUCUAAACUAUUUAAUAAUUAUUGUGUUAACUAAAUAGGGUUUUUCAAUUUAAACUAAGAUACUAUUUAUUAUUCUAAUUUUUACUAAGGAAUAAUGAGUAUAAACCUUCUAAAUAAUUAUUAGAGAAAAAUAAUAUUUAGUUAAUAUGCAGAAACUAUAUCUUAUUAUUAAUCUCCAGAUUUAAGCUAUUAGAUCGUUAGCUUAGAUCCUUAUACUACACUUUAAAUCGUCUCUACUCAAAAUAAUAAGGUUUUAUAUGAAAUACCUACUGGUGCAUACAUAGCACAUUUCGUUACUUAUGGCAACAAAGUAUUUAUUCUCAGUAAUAGUGGCUUUUUAUAAUACUAUGAUGGAGAUACAAAUUAGAUCAUACUAUACCAAAACGACUACUAUGGGUAAGGCUUGUAGAACAUUUUACAUAAAUAAAAUUAGAUACUAUUUAUAAAUACCUAAAUCUCUCUUAUAAUUAGUUUAGAUGAUCUAAAUCUUUAAUUAUAACAGGUAUCUUAAAUUGAUGAAUAUGAAUAUGAAUUUAACGAUAUUUAAAUUCCUUUAUCUCGUAAUAGUGAAUGGCUAUAGUAAAUGGUAGAUGUAAAAUAAAUAUUUUGCUAUGUAUAUUAAAAUAAUGAUUUUUUAAAUACAUCACCACCAUACGAUUAUGUUGUUAAUUUUUAUGAGUUAGACAUAUAGUUAAAUAUAUAUUAAUAUUAUAUAAGAGUGGUAAAAUACCAAAAGAUAAUAGCAUAAAUUGCUAUUGAUUUCGUACAAUCUUAUUAUGUAAAUUCGUAAAAUUACAGGUACUUUAUUUUACACGAUAAUAAAGGAUUUUAUUAUCCAUAUUAAAAAUAUAUGGUAAUAGUUGUUGGAUAUCGUCUUGCUUUAAUUAGCUCAUCUAAUUUUGAAAUUCUUUUUAAUUAUGCGUCUUAAAUAUUAUUUAUGAAUCUUGCAUACGAUAUAGAAUUAGGAUACAUGGCUUUUCUAGAUAACUUGUAAGAUUGCAUAUUCAACUUAAAGACUAUUUCUUUAAAUUGCAUCACUAAUAACUAUCCGUUUUCAGAUACCUUUUGUGGGGUUAUUAUUUAAAGACAAAGAUAGUUGAUAAUCUUUUAUAGUUAAUAUAGCUUAAGAGUGUACUCUUUAAAAGAAUAAAUUUAUAAGUUUGUUAAAUAUACAGAAAAAUUUUUUCCUUAAGCCAUAUAUUACAAUGACUUUGGUAGCAAUAUAAUUAUUGGAGAUUAACCAAGUUAAAGUUUUAAAAUACUUAAUUUAGAUACAUAUCAAUUGCUAGAUACUUCUUUCCCAGCAUUUACUACUAACUCUGAAGAAAAUAUGUAUAAGUUUUAUUUUUUCUCUGAUCAAAUAAAAGUGAUGCUAUUUUCUUCUUACAGUAAUUCUAUUGCAAUAUAUAACAUAAAUACUGGAGUGGUUAUGUAAAUUAUCUACUUUUAGUAUUAAUUUAAUCAUCAAAGUCAAAUAGUUGUGGAUGAAAUUCUUAAUUUGGUUAUGCUAAUUGAUAUUUAAAAUUAAAUUGAAAUUCUUUCUUAUGAUACAAAUUAAAUUGUUAAGACAUUUUAAUUAGAUAAGGAAUAAACUGAUGCAAAUGCUUACCAAAAAAUAUUGAUUUGGGAUCAUCAUAAGAGAAAACUUUUUGCAACCUCAAAUAAUAUAUUAUAUAUCUUUGAUUAUGAUACUAACAUUUUUAUUUGCAAAUACCAAUUUUAGCUUCCAAUAUUUGAUAUUUACAUCAGCUUUAAUAAAAAUUAAAUAUUUGUUACAGAUUAUUUGAAUUUAAAAGUUUUUGAUUACUCUAUCUUAGAGUUUAACUAAAAUUAAUUAUUACCUUAUAAUACAAUACCAAAUCUAUUAUAGAUUAAUUAAAAUCAGUAUAUUUUAUUUGAUAAUAGUCAAUCAACUCUGAAAAAUAUAGUCGAUGGUGAAGUAAAGGAUGUUAAAUACUUUAAUCAACUAAAUCCUUCAUACUUUUACUAUAAUUAUUACAAUAAAAAUAACUCUUAAAUUUAUGUAAUAAUAUUUAAUUAACUCUUAAUCUAUAAUAUAACUUCUACUAGAAUUAUUCCUAUAUUUUCUUCAUUGCUCGAUUCUUAAAUAGUUACUUUUAUCAGCGGCUCGGAUUUCCAAGUUCUUUUUUUAACUUAAAAAUAGUCUUUAUAUUCUCUUUAAAAGAAUCUAGCUAAUCCAUAGCUCUCAAUACUAACAUAUAUAUCAACAGGAAUAGGCCAAUUUAUUAUGAUUGAUGAUUCCUACUUACUAUACUGCUCAACAAAAAACAAAAACCUAUGGAAUAAGAUCUUAUUUUAAAACUCCUAAUCUCUUUCUAUUUAAAUUAAAAUUGAAUAAUUUUAAAUUAAAUUAGAAUAAAAUGAUAGUAUUAAAAAGCUUGUUAGAAUAGACAAUACUUUGAACAUCAUAAUAUUAACGAAUAAAUAUAUAUAAAUAAUAGAUAUUUAGACAGGAGAUAUUUUGUAAAUCUCUCAAUUAGAUUUCUAAAACCAAUAAUCUUAAAUUUCCUUUGAUCCUCUUUAUUAAAGGAUUUACUAUACAGAUAGAAUUGUAGGAACUAACGUAUAUGACCUAAAAAUGCAAACUAUUAAAUAGAGUUUACCAUCUUCAGGUAUAAAAUUAAAAAUUGAAGGCUCUUUCAUAUAUAUGUUUUCAUUUAACUCUGUAAGUAUAUACUUAAGAAAAGACCUCAAAUUAUUCUAAAUAAUAAGAAAUUUUAAGAGCACUUAAUCACUAAUAGAUAUUGAGUACUUUGGAUUUAAUAAUAUUUUUAUUUUAUAUUUCGACAAUUCAAUUAGUUUCUAUAAUGCUAACCCUUUUUCUUUACCUAAAUUAAUUGAUUAUUUAUAAAUAUACAAUUAUAAGGUUUUAUCAUCAUAAUUAAAACUCCUAAAUUCUUAGUAUUUAAUUAUUGAUAUGAUGAUCAUAACUAUAGAAAGUACUAUAAAAUACACAGCUGAGCUAAAUAUUGGUUCUUUUUCAAAUAAUAUUUGCUCUGCAUAGUUAUAAAUAAGUACAGACUAAAAUGAUCUAAUAACAAAAAAUCAAUAGGGUGAUUAUUUGAAUUUAUUAUCUCUAAAAUAACUUCUAAUUUAGAACAUUAUUUAUAGUUUGUACAUAAAUAAUGGCGAAUAAACAGAUUUAAAGUUUCCUUUUGUGAGCUCUAGCUCUGUGACAAACUAGUACUCACUGAACAUUUAAGCUACAAACAAUAAUAAUAUCUAUCUAAAUACUCAAAAUAGUACAGAUUAAAAUAUUGUAGAGCUGAAACUAUAAAACUUAAAAAUUUCAUUUAAAAACUUAAAUAAUACUCAGUUCAUGUUUGGAAAUCAAACAUUUAACAAAUUAGUGAGAGUGUUUUUAAAUGACAUAGAAUUAUCGGAUUUUGGUAAUAGCUAGCUAUCAUUUGAAAGUAUCAAUCAUCUUUUUAUCUAAAAUUUAGUGAUUAAUGGCGAAUAAAUUCAACAGAAUGAAAAAUAGGUUAUACUCUUCUCAUAUAUUGAUAUAGUUGUAAUACAGAACAUUACUUUUAAUAAUUGCCAAUUUAAUAAUAUAAUGAAUCUACUUAAAUUUAGUAAUAUAAACUAAUUGACAAUAAAUAAUUUCAACAUCAAGUAGAAUAUUUUACAUUCAAAUUUUAAACAAAACUCUAUGAUAAAUAUCUCAUAAGUAAACUUACUUAAAAUAAAUAAUACUAACCUUAUAGAGAAUAUAUUUUAAAAUGUAUAAAUAUUCAAAAUAACUAAUAUUACUUCAAUUAAUAUUAGCAACAUGUAAUCAUCUUAAAAUGAAAUAAUAAUGAAUUAAAAUUUCGACUUAUAAGGUAUUAUUUUCUAAAUUGAAGCAACUCCUUAAGUUAAUUUCAUUAAAAUCCAAUUUAAUGUUCUUAAUUUUACCUCACUCUCACCCCUUUCUUUAAUGAAAUUUUCUAAUGUAAAUCAAACUUUACUUUUUAAUGAUUUUUAUUUCACAGAUUUUAAAUUAGAAAGCUAUGAAAAUAGUUCAAUUAGUAGCUAAUAAUUUUUCAUUAUAGAAUGUGAGGGUAUACUGAAUUCGAAUUUCUCAAAUAUUCUGAUAAAAAACUCAAGUAUGUUAGGAUUUAUUAAUUUACAUGACUUAAAAAAUGAUAAUGAAGUUAAUAUAUAAAAUAAAAUAUCAACCUACAACAACUAUUAGCACUCUCUUUCUGCUACAAAUCAACUAAUGCUACUCAAUGCUCAAUAUUUAACAAUAAAAAAUUCUAAUUUUACAUCUAUCUCUAGCAUAAAUUCAGAAGCUAGUGUUAUUUAAAUUUAAGUAAGGUAAAGCUUUCUUUUAGAUACAAUCUAAAUUUAAUAAAUUGAACUCAAGUAUAAUAGUUUUAUUUACAUAUCUUAAAGUCCUUAAAUAGUUAUCUAAAAUAUUUAUUCAAAAAAUAUAGAAACAAAUAACAUAGCAAGUGUUUUUUAUUUGUUACAAAUAUCGAGGCUAAUAAUGAAAAAUAACAAUUUUAUCAUGAACCUAUCUUAUCUUGAUGGAGGAGCUAUAUAUUUAAACUAAAUAUCAGAAAUAGUCUUAUUAGAUAAUACAUUUUAGUAAAACGAAUCAAAGACAGGAAAUGGAGGAGCUAUUUAUUGCUUCAGUAGCAUAUUUUCUUAGUUUCAUGGAAAUAUUUUCCUUUAAAAUUCUUGUAGAUAAGGCUCAGGUGGAGCAAUAUUGUUGAACAAUUGUGAUAUUUAAAACAUGGCAGAUAAUAUUUUCAAAUAAAAUUCUGCUCUUAUAGGAGGUGCAUUUAGAUAUUUAGGCACAUAACCUUAUGUUUUAUAAAAAGCAAAUUUGAGCAGAAAGAUACUUACCUAAAAUUAAAAUUCUUUUAUUAAAAACUAUGCAUAAUUAUAUGGAAAAAAUAUAGGUUCCUAUCCAUUUUAUUUGGACGUUAAAAAUUAAAUAUAAGAUGACUUAAAGAUCUAAAGCGCUAAAUUAGAAAAUUUAUAAAGUGGUAGCACAUCUUCACCAAUAAUAAUGAGAUUAAUUGAUGAAGAAAUGAGAGAAGUUAGUUUUUUUAAAAAUUCAAGUUAGAUAAAUUAAGAAAUCCUGAUUGAAUUUAGUAGCUAUUUACUUGAAUUAUAAAGUGAAGAAGUUGGGCUUUAUGGUGAUCUCAGAUAAAAUUAUAAUUUUGAUUAAUUUGGUUUCGUUUUUAAUGUGUCUUAUUCUUAUCAGCCUAAUGCUUACUCCACUAUUACAGUUAAAACAGUUAGCCCUAUCCCAAUUUUAAAUACCACAACUUUUAAAUUCGACUAUCAAGAGCUAAGUAUCUCUAUUGAUGUUAACUUUAGGUAUUGUUAGUAAGGAGAAAUUUUACAAACUUUGUAGAAGUAUAAAAUAUGUUAUACUUGCUAGUAAGGUAAAUUUUUAUUUAAUAAAGCCUUUAACUUUUUAGUAAUGAUUUCAAUAGAUAAAGCAAAUUAAAAAAUUUAUUCAAUCUUUUUUGCUAUAGCCGAUCAAAUCUUCUUUAUUGCUUUAUUAAUUGCAAAUAAUAUUAUAAAUAAUAAAAGUUUUCAAAAAUAUUUAGUAAAUUUUUUAAUAAAACAAACUGAAUUAUUACUUUUGCAUUAAACUUUUACUUACAGUAAAUCAGCAUUUAUCUAUCCCCCCCUUAACUAUAAUAUUUUUAUUUACUUUUAAAAAAAUACUUUAAGAAUUAAAUAACCUAAAAUGUUAUCUUAACUAUUUUAUUUUGAUUAUUGCUCCUUUUCAAAACUAAUAUUUUGUAAAAUUUACUCAAAAUAAAAAAACACACUAAUUUUACCAAAUAUUCUUAAAUAUGCUUCAAAUAAUUAAACUUGCCAACUUUUUUUAAAUAGGUAAUUAUUGUUUACAAGAUCCAAAUUAAUUCGAAAAUUUACAGUGUCUCAAAUGCCCAUUAGGUUCUAAAAAUUGUUAUUCAAAUAUCAUACAGUUAUAAAAUGGGUAUUGGAGUAAGAACUAGAAUUCAGACUAAAUUUACUAAUGUAUAAAUCCAUAAUUUUGUACCCCAGAAGACCCUUCAAAUAAGUUUGGAUGCUAAAUAGGACAUGUAGGAGCUAUUUGCGAAUCUUGUGA